CGUCAAUACUGACUUCCAGUCAGUCUGCACAGAUCGAAAUACGGAGAGGCAGGAAGUCGCUAGCAGGAAGUCGCUAGUGGUCGAACUCCUGAACCUAAAUUGUAAAUGUGAAAAAGUAAAUACUGUAUAUAAAUUGGGGUCAUACCGACAUUUAAUCAACUUGACAGCUUUGGGAGACGAUGGACAAGCUUCGUCGAGUGCUAAACGGCCGAGAGGAAAAUGAAGAGUUGGGUCUUACGUCGCAGGUCCUCGAUGCCACCUCGCUCAGCUACAGCACCAGGGUGAAAUGGUUCGUCAUAUGCUUUGCCGUAGGCAUCCUGUGCUCAAUACUUGGUUCAGCACUGUUGUUCCUUCCAAAUGGCAGCAAACUCUUCGCUGUCUUCUACACACUGGGCAAUGUUGCUGCUCUUUCCAGCACCUGCUUCCUAAUGGGACCAUUAAAGCAACUGAAGCGAAUGUUUGAGCCAACAAGACUGAUAGCAACUAUUGUUAUGUUGCUCUGCCUCAUUUUAACACUGUGUGCAGUGUUUUGGUGGAAAAAAAAUGGACUGGCCAUCAUUUUUUGUAUUCUUCAGUUUCUGGCAAUGACAUGGUACAGCAUCUCUUACAUUCCUUUUGCCAGAGAUGCUGUGAUGAAAUGCUUCACAACCUGUCUGAGCUAGGAUUCUGGAGUCCACAAAUUCACGUGAAGCCUGGUCCUAAUAUGCAACUGCCAGAACAGUAACUCUGUAAAAUUUUGUUUCUUCACAUUUUUUUGUGACUCCUUAUACAACAUUUAUUGUGGCCUCUUGCUUUAUGAAUGUGUACUUUAGUUGGAUUAUACUGAAUGGUUUUAUAUAUGGUAUGAGUGUCUUUACUGCUUAAUAUAUUUAAAGAUUUAUUUGCUAUCUCGGAGUGGUUAAUAAUGCUUAAGUGCAAAAAAAGCAAAUUUUACUUUGCAGUGCAUUGCAAAAUUUAAUGCUGAUGAAUAUAUGUCUUAAACCAUCUAACAUAUGUUUUCUGUUAAAUUGUACUCUGAUCAGCAUACACAAAUACUGACAUAGUUCAUUUUCAUUGUCUUUAAAUGAGUUGUUGAUGUAUAAAGAUGCUGCCCACUAGUUUGUUAAUAUAAUGUAAUUACAUGAUUUCCCCUUGGACAUUUGAGGCACUGCUUCAGUGAUUCUGCACCGGCAUCUUUGAUGUCCACAGCUCUUGAGCUUUUCCAGUUAAACAGCGUAAAAAAAAAAAAAGCACCAUAUGUUUAGUCUGUGUAUGUGAGCAUACUGCACAUUUGCCCCCUCCCCCAACCCAGCAAAUUACAUUUAAAAUAGAGUAUUUUAAAAUUUGAUUUCCUGCCAGAUGCAGCAAUGAGCCAGUUAAUUACGCUUUCCUGAGCAAUGUAGUUUUGGCGUGACCUAAUAACCCAACAUAGCUUCCAACGGGAUCCCUGCACUGCUUCAGCAUGACAGCAUCAUAGCCUUUGAGGAUGGAGUUGUCAUGACAACCCCUUCUGGAGGAUUCAUUACCUCAGUCUACCCCCAUCUGAGGUGCAGAUGUUCAUAUUAAAGUGAUGAGAAUGUAUGUACAUUUUUAUAAAACACAUCCAUGAAUAUGUGUUUGUCUUACAUCGUCUACAUGAUUUUAAAGCUGUUAUGUACAUUAGAGAAAGCCACAGUGUAUCAUUUUCCAUCUUUCUUUGUACCAACCAAACAGCUUCAGUGUGUGCUUCCUGUUUUUCAAGCCCCCAUGUUGUUUCAUUAAACACUUGCAAAGUAGGAUUAUAGACAAAGUAUCCCUUUAGUACAACUCAUUCAAGUAACUUGUUAAAUAACAAGCAAAUCCCUCAGCACCAUACCCUCUUUAUGUAAUCUGCAGGAUCAAAUAAUGCUCUAGAAUGAAGGAACGCCUGUUUUUUUGUCAUCAGUUUUCUUUUUGGAUUAAAAGUUUGAGGAUAUAUCCUGAUCUCUGCAAUCUGCCAGUGUCUCAACUGUUUCCUGCAGCAUUAUGUUUAAUCCAGAGGUCAGAGUGAAGCGGAAUCACACACACACACACACACCAGCCUCUAAAAUUAAACAUGACUUUCUGCUAAAUAAAGAGGGGAAACAAUACAAUCCAACUCACACUUAUUUUGGACAACAAAAUUAUACAAAAGUAUUUUUUGUAGGCAUAAUUUAUGUUCACCUGUACUUCUUCUUGCUCAUUCCUGUUCAUAAAGUGGUCAUCUAUACACUGAAGUAGUGUAAAUGACUUCUACAGUUAACUUCAUGUGGUAGACAAUAUGUUGAGUUGCUUCAAUACAAAUUGCCUUGCAGAUUGUAAAAGAAAAUGCAGUUUUUAAUAAAUGACGUGUACAUUCA